CUCCCUUCACUUCCCCAACUCAGAGUCAGAGACCACAUCUAUCCACUCUUAUCCAAAUAUCAUCCUUCUCUCUCCUCAUUAUCUCACUUUAUCAAUACUCAAAUUUCAAAUUUUGAAAACAAAAAAAAUGGUCGAUUGCAAGACAAAGAUGGCACAAUCAACCCCAAAUCUCACCAAGAAAUCCCCUAAACUUGCAACCAAACGCAACAUGUCUACUCCUCUUAUUUCUCAGGUUCCAUUGACUGCCGGAGAAUUAUCUCCGGCGUCGGAUUCUUCUUGCGUAGCUUACGAAACUUACAUCCGGUGGUCGGAACUGUAUCAGCUCUGGAGUUCCGUUGAGUUUCCCGGUUGGGAAAGCGAGUCCAUUGUUAAACCAGCUUUGCAAGGUUUGGAAAUUACUUUCCGGUUUAUUUCACUCGUUUUAAACGAUGCUAGACCUUACGUUAACCGGAGAGAAUGGAACCGACGGUUGGAGUCGUUAUCAAGGGAACAAGUGGAGCUGAUUUCGUUAUUGUGCGAGGACGAUGAGACACGUGGAGCAGCACCGAUCGUUGAUUUGAGUUCGUCGUUUGGUCAGGUGGUCCCACAAACGGGAAGCUCGGCAGAGGUGUGGAAGCUAGCGAGUGGCGACACCGAAACUACCGUGGUCAGCCGUACCAGCGAAUUUAGUCUCCUACCUCGUUUGGCCACGUGGCAGAAGUCAGAGGAAAUUUCUACAAGAAUAUUCUACGAAAUCGAGUCUGCCAUGAGAAGGUGUGCGUACACUUUGGGCCUAGGAGAGCCCAACUUGGACGGAAAGCCCAAUUUGGAUCACGACGCCGUUUGCCGCCCAUCUGAGCUCCACGCGCUUCAAAAAGGCGCGUUGGAUCAUAUCCAAAACCCAGAAAAUCAAAUCUUGUUUACAGUUCAUCAAAUUUUCGAGUCAUGGAUUUUCGCUGCGAAACAAUUGCUUAAUCGCAUAGGAGUAAGAAUUAGCAAAGAAGAAUUCUCCAAAGCAACAGAUGACUGUUGGAUUCUAGAAAGAAUCUGGAAGCUUCUAGCACAAAUCGAGAGCCUUCAUAUGUUAAUGGACCCCGACGAUUUCCUACACCUAAAAACGCAGCUAAGGAUGAAAACGACGUCGGAUUCAGAAACAUUCUGUUUCCGAUCCAGAGGGUUAGUGGAGAUCACGAAGCUAAGCAAAGAUUUAAGGCACAAGGUUCCGGAGAUUCUAGCCGUGGAGGUGGACCCCAUGGGAGGUCCGGUAAUACAAGAGUCGGCAAUGGAGUUGUAUAAAGAGAAGAAAAGCUUCGAGAAGAUUCAUCUGUUGCAGGCUUUCCAAGGGGUGGAAUCUGGUGUGAAAGGUUUCUUCUUUAGCUACAAACAGUUGUUGGUGAUCAUGAUGGGGAGCUUAGAAGCGAAGGCUAAUUUCGCUGUCGUGGGUGCUUCUGAGUCGUCUGAUUUGUUGGCUCAGAUCUUUCUAGAACCUACUUAUUAUCCCAGCUUAGACGGGGCCAAGACUUUUAUCGGGGACUUCUGGGAGCAUAAUGAUCAAACGGUUCUUACUGCCCCUGAUCAACAUCAACACCACCGGAGAAAUCGGACGGCUAGGCAUUGAUGGAUUUGGUAUUUAUUUGACUCGGGCGGGUUGACACGGGUGAUGGGCGGCAAUACGGGAACGUGGGACGGAAAGGGAGUGGUGGUGUUGUCGGGGAGACGUGAUAAUUUUAAUUACUACAUGUGAUAUAAUCCAUUAGUGGAACAUUGCUUUGUGUACAUAGAUAAAUUUUUGGAAUUCAUAUUUUUACAGCUGUAUCAGUAAACCAUGUACUAGUAUUAGAUAAGUUUAACUUUAUUGUUUUUGUUACAAUUUUGAUUGAUAUUAAUACAGAUCCAGUCUAUCUUUGGCUGAAA